AUGUCCAAUGCGCGUAGAGGACAACAUUCUCAACUUCAGCGAUUGGUAGACGAACAAUCUUCGUGGUGGAGAGUGACCAGUAGGAAAACCAAUGGUCAGGAGUAUGUUUGGGUAGUCAUUAAUGCGAUACACCCAAGGGUAGGACCAGCCCCUCCGCGACCUGACCAGAGAACGGACAAAACGCUCAGCAACAGAUUCCUUCAAGACCAUGACUGGUCAACCACUCCAGACCACUGGGACAUCUCGAGGUCAUACCGACCAUACAUUCCUGACUUGCCAAAAACUCAACUGUUCUCGGAUAGCAGUUGGAUCACUACUGCCUGGCCUCUAGGGAGUGAUUGGGGGAUUUCAGGGCCUGGAGGCUGGCACUUAUCUUUGGAGAUGCGCACUAAGCUUCUGGCAACUCGAGCGAAUGCUUACAUGCUCGUUGGCGCAAUCAUUUCAGAUUACAAGCCUCAGUACAUUAUCCCCACAGAGUUGAGGUUGGAUUGGAUAGACAACUCAUUCCCAUCCAAAGAGGUGUUAGCUGCACAAGUUGGUGACGCGCGCCGACACAUACUGGACCAAUAUGGGUUCAUAGCCUACAACUUGCGUCAAGACCCGCGUUGGCGCACACACCCUGGCUUGCAGGUGCAUGUACUCAGGGUGACCAACACUGGCCUUGAUUCCUGUUGGCAUGUCGGAUGCAUCAUGGAUUUCAAGAGGAUGGAUUUUUUCAUUUUGGAAUUGGCCAACAACUAUGACUUCAUUCAGAACAUAAGGCGGACUCAAGUCGAAUGGCAGCGGUCUACAGCGGUGCAAAGUGCCAACUCUAUGGAUCCUCCAGCCGUCCCUCCACCUGCACAAAAGAAGGCGAAGUACUUCAAAGCUAGCAGGAGGUUCAAGACCGACACAUGGGAAGAAAUCUCAAAAAAUGCAUACAAGGAGCUGUUGAAUUGGUGCAUGGUGGAACAUGUGAGGCUACUGACGAGAGAUGUAUUCGUUGCCUACAAGUAUGAAGGAGCAGAUGAGGAAUACAUUGUGCCUGUGGGAUCUGUCAUCAGCGCAAAGGAGACUCAGUGGCUGCCUAUGGAUACUCCCUACACCGUGAAGCCCAUUUCUGCUGUCAUCAACACAAAGGAGAUGGCUGCCCAUACACUUGAGCUGGCGGCUCAACCAACAGUGAGUUCCUCCACUCACACAGUUGAGAACAUCGAAAUUGAUGAACACGUGAAGAUGGUUUCCACCCCAUCAGCAGCAACGCUAGCCCUGACGACAGGGGAGUCCUCUUCUUCAGUGCAGAGCGGACUUGGGCCUGCCAAAAAGGAUUCUCCUGCAGCAGCAACACCUACCGCAGAGCCCUCCACUUCGGAGCACAGUGAACCUGCACCCAUCACAAAGGGUUCACUUGCAGUAGCAGGAUCGAUUGCUGUGACUGCCACAGAAUCAUUGAUUCCUGAGAAGCACAGUUGA